UUUUUUCGACGCAUCGCCAUCCCACCAUGUGCUAAUCUUCCCAGCACGAACCCAAAAGAUAGCGACUAGCACUUUGAGUGGCCGACCUCAUCAACAGUCCUGCACCUGCACCAGCUUCUCUCAUGGCGCACCCUUACGAGCCUUGGUUACGGACAGCACCACCGAGUGGCAGCUCAGAAGACAUGAACAUCCCGUCCUGGUGGGACCUCCACAGGGACGUCCAACCGGGGAGCUGGAUAGACCUGCAGACAGGGCAGGGUGUUGGCUUGCCUUCAGUAAAUCCUGGGGGCUCCAUGGGGUUGCAGCAUUCUUUAGGGCCCUACGGAUCGGACCCCCAGCUGUGCACCCUGCCUCCAGCUCAACUCAAUCCAGCCUCGCACUCUUCUCACCUCUACCCCCAGGAUGGCUUCAAGAUGGAUGGCUUCAAGAUGGAGCCACUGGCCCCUGAAAUGCUGCAGCAAGACCCAUUCUCCCUGGACGAACCACAGGAGAACGCUGUCUCAGCCCGGCCCAAGCCCCAGCGCCGCUCCUCUUCCAGAGGUGCCGGCCAGACGGCGUGUCGCUGCCCUAAUUGCGUCCACGCUGAACAGCUGGGCCAGAGCACCGACGACAGCAGGAGGAAGCACAUGCACAACUGCCACAUCCCCGGCUGCGGCAAAGCCUACGCCAAGACCUCCCAUCUGAAGGCUCACCUGCGAUGGCACAGCGGGGACCGGCCGUUUGUCUGCAACUGGCUCUUCUGCGGCAAGAGAUUCACGCGCUCCGAUGAACUGCAGCGCCACCUUCAGACGCACACUGGUGCCAAGAAGUUCAGCUGCGCAUUGUGCCCUAGGGUGUUCAUGCGCAAUGACCACCUGGCCAAGCACAUGCGCACGCACGAGUCGCCGCCAGGACAUGGGGAGGAGAGGAUAAAUGGAGACGGGAGGAUGGAGAAGGGCUUUGACACACCUACACCUCCGUCAUCCUCAAAUGUGUCUGCGUCCGAUGCCGCAGAGCCUCCGCUGAAGCUGAAAUGUGAGACAGACCCCUCAGUCUCCAGCGUGACAGGGCAGUCCGGCUAA